UAGGAUACCGGAAGCUGCGAUGUCUCCGGCUAUGGCCGAAGUACCAUCGGUUGCGGCGGCAUCCGUGGCCGGCUGCCGGGCGCGGGUAGCGCACCAUGUGCUGAAUCAGGUGGUUCUCCCUGGGGAGGAGCUGGUGCUGCCGGAGCACGAGGACGUGGACGGCCUUGGCGGCGCCGGGGAGCAGCCAUUACGUCUGAAUGCGGGGGCGCGUCCGCGGCUGCGCGUAGUGUGUGGCCCGGGUUUGCGACGCUGCGGGGACCGCCUGCUGGUCACCAAGUGUGGCCGCCUGCGUCAUAAGGAGCCCGGAGGCGGCGGCGGUGGCAUUUACUGGGUGGACUCUCAACAGAAGCGGUAUGUACCAGUGAAAGGAGACCAUGUGAUUGGCAUAGUGAUCGCUAAAUCUGGAGAUAUAUUCAAAGUUGAUGUUGGAGGGAGUGAGCCGGCUUCUUUGUCUUACCUGGCAUUUGAAGGAGCAACUAAAAGAAACAGACCAAAUGUGCAGGUUGGAGAUCUCAUCUAUGGCCAGUGUGUGGUUGCUAAUAAAGACAUGGAACCAGAAAUGGUCUGUAUUGACAGCUGUGGACGGGCCAAUGGAAUGGGUGUGAUUGGACAGGACGGUCUGCUCUUCAAAGUGACUUUGGGCUUAAUUAGAAAGCUAUUAGCUCCAGAUUGUGAAAUUGUGCAGGAACUGGGAAAACUCUAUCCGUUGGAGAUUGUGUUUGGAAUGAAUGGAAGAAUAUGGGUCAAGGCAAAAACCAUUCAGCAGACUUUGAUUUUGGCAAAUGUCUUAGAAGCUUGUGAACACAUGACAACAGAUCAAAGAAAACAGAUCUUUGCCAGAUUGGCAGAAAGUUGACACGAACAUCUCUUUAAUGGCUCAUUUUAGUCAAGAGUGAGUUUCUUGGGGAAAUCUUUUUUUUCAGAUGAACCUCUUUCUAUCAGAUCUUCAGAAGAUGCAUAUUAUCUUUCUAGAAUCCAAUAAAAUAUUUUUAUAAGA